AUGAAUGAAAUUUAUUUGAAUGAGAAAAAUUCAUUACUUAAGAUAUUUAACGACAAAGAAAGUCAUGGAAAAGUAUCAAUAUAUCGAAAUGAUACCAACACAUUUGUUAAAUUUGAAUCAUCUUCUAAGAAAGAUUUCGAUAUAAAAAAAUGCAACGUAGAGAAUUCAUCAUUUACAUUUAACAUUAAAGAAUCGUCAACAAUAACAGUUAAAAAUUCGAAAGAAUCUAAAUGCAGCCUUAUAUUUGAUAUUCCAACAACAAAUUAUAAUCUAAAUUUCCAGAUUUUAGAUGGAGAUGCAUCAGAAGUAUCAGAAGCGCUAAAUAAACUUGUAAAAGAUCAUAUUAUUACACAAUCAUCAGAUUUUAUUUACAAAAUUUCAAAAAAUGUUCCAAAUGAGAAAAGUUUAGGAUUACUUUAUUAUGCUAUUGUUCAUAAUGCAGUUUGUUCAAAAAUCGAAUCUUCCCUACCUCCUAUUUUGUCUAAAAGAAAAGCUCCAAUUUCAUUGGAACAUUUCACUAAUUUAUUUGAUGAAAAAGGAGUUCUCAAUAAUUUCCAGGAGUUAAAGUCAGAGAUCUAUUUUUCAGGCAUUGAAGAUGAAGCAAGACCCUAUAUUUGGUUAUAUUUAUUUGAAUAUUACGACCCUCUUAAAACAUCUGAAGAAAACAAGAAGAAAGUCAAUGAACAAUACGAGAAAUACAAGAUUCUUCUGCAGCAGAUUGAACAAAUCCCAGAACAAAAGAAAUUUGCUUAUUCUGUUGAUAUCAUUUCAAAUGAUGUCAAAAGAACAGACAGAGGUACUGAAAUGUUCAAAGCAGAUAAUUCUCCAGCACAUAAAUUCUUAGAAACCGUUUUACGCUGUUAUUCAAUUUAUAAUUCAAAUACAGGGUUCGUACAAGGAAUGGGAGACUAUGCAUCACUUUUUAUGCGUGUUUAUUUCAAAGAAGUUCAACAGGAUUCUGUAGUUUUAUUUAAUGGAGAAAAUCUUCCAACUUCUGAAGCCCAAAGUAUGAUAUUUUGGAAUUUUGUUAACUGCCUUAAAAUCAGUAACCAUACUAAUAUAUUCCAAGACCUUUCUGCUGAGCAAAGUCAUUUAGCACAAAGAGUUUAUUAUGUUAUUGCUUCAAUCCAUCCAUCACUCAAACAAUUCCUCAUUAAUUAUAACUAUACUGAACUCAUUGUAGUUUAUCGUUACUUCCUUUUGCAAAUGAAAAGAGAAUUUCCAAAUAAUGUUUAUAGACUUUGGGAUACUUUUUAUUCAAGUGAAUGCCCUUAUACAUUUAUUGUAUUCUUUACAUCUGCAUUACUUAUUCUUGGUUUUCCGACAAUUUUAGGUGAAAUGAAUUUUGAUAUUGGAGAAGUAAUGAGUGCACUUGAUAAAUUUGUUAAUAAAUCAGAUCCAAUAAAGAUAUUAGAAUACUCUUUGUACUUCUGCGACAUGUAUUCUAAAAAUAAGGACACUAAUGUAUGGAUCUUUUUACACAGAGCUCCUCUGAAGCCUCAAAAACAAUCCUCCGAGCUUUUCAAGCAACUCCAAGAAAUGGAUUUUGAUAAUUUUUAA